AUGGCGAGCCCAACAACCGCCUCGGCGGCCAGUUCCAAACCUUCCUCAGUCAAGUCUGACGGCAAAAAAUCGCCGCGUUUGACCCCGCAAAAUGGCCAGUCCCUCACCAACGGCAAUUCCUCCCACGAGGCCCUGCCGAAACCUGCCGAGAAACCCUCCAUGAAGGACAAGCUCACGCGCAUGUUCUCGACCAAAGACGUCAGCCGAAACGCUAUCGAGGUCCCCCAUCGACCCCGCGGCUCCAGCUUUAAUGGCAGCGACAAGCCCCAACCUCCCAGCAGGAAACCCUCUACCACCACCGCAGAGAAAGUCCCCGAGAAACCAGCCAGCAAACCCGCAAAACCUCCCGUAAAAGACCUUCAUCGAUUCAUGGCGAGCCCGGACUUGCAAGGUGGCCACGAGCACCACCUCAAGUCAAGUCGCAGGCAGGAGAAGCUCUCCGACAUGUGGCGUACCCUCAUCGGCAAGAAGCAAGAGCACGCCGAAAACGACCUGUCGCUCGUCUCUAACUGGGUCGACACGCUCAAGGCCGAGAAGGAGGAUAUGGCUGGCGACAGGAAGAACGGCCCAAACGCAACCACCACUCUUGUAGAAAAGUACGGAAAAUGUCAGGAGGUUGUAGGCCGUGGUGCCUUUGGAAUCGUCAGGAUAUCCCACAAGAAGGUCGAGAAUGGAGUAGAAAGACUUUUCGCCGUCAAGGAAUUCCGCCGUCGCCCAGAGGAGACGGAGAAGAAGUACAGCAAGCGACUGACUGCCGAAUUUUGCAUUUCCUCGUCGUUGCGUCACCCCAACGUUAUCCACACUCUGGAUUUGCUCAAGGACGCCAAGGGAGAUUACUGCGAAGUCAUGGAGUUCUGCGCCGGUGGUGACUUAUACACUCUCGUCCUCGCAGCCGGCAAGUUGGAGGUUCAGGAGGCGGAUUGCUACUUCAAGCAGAUGAUGCGUGGUGUGGAGUACCUCCACGAGAUGGGUGUUGCCCACCGUGAUCUGAAGCCUGAGAACCUGCUGCUCACUACUCGUGGUGGCUUGAAGAUCACAGACUUUGGCAACGGCGAGUGCUUCAGAAUGGCCUGGGAGACGGAUCCUCACAUGGUGUCCGGCCUCUGUGGCUCUGCUCCCUACAUUGCGCCCGAGGAGUACACAGACAAGGAAUUCGACGCCCGCGCUGUCGAUGUCUGGGCCUGUGGUGUCAUUUACAUGGCCAUGCGUACCGGUCGCCACCUUUGGCGCGUUGCCCGCAAAGACGAGGACGAAUUCUACGCUAGAUACCUGGAAGGUCGCCGCGACGAGGAGGGCUACGGACCGAUUGAGUCCUUGCACAGAGCGCGCUGUAGGAACGUGAUAUAUUCCAUUUUGGAUCCUAAUCCCACCCGUCGCAUUACUGCGUCCCAGGUCCUCAAGUCAGAGUGGGGACGCGAGAUCAAGCUCUGCAAGGCUGGUGAAGAGGGCCUUUGA